AUGCUAUGUUAUAAUUCAAUGUUUAUUGAUAAAACAAUCCCAAUUACACAUUUAACAGUGUCUGAAAGUUGUGAGUUAGAGACAUUAUAUGAAUUUUUUCGAGGUAUACCACUGUUAAAAUAUUUAAAAAUUGAAAGAUUAUCUGAUGAUGACUAUAAUGGAUUUAAUCACUUAGAUUAUCUUAAUAAUCAAGCUGUUUGUUUACAACAGUUCAUUAUACACAAUAAUGAUUGGUAUCAAUGUGGUUUUUAUGAAUUGAUAUUCAAACAAACUCCAAAUUUAACUGAUCUUUGGGCAAAAAUGAUUACAUUAUUAAUACAUCAAUUAAAGGUUUUUAACUUUGUUUUUGAGAUUAUUUUUUAUGAUUUAUGUCAAGAUAAGGUUCUGAAACAGUUUAAAAGAUUUCAAAUUGAUUUCUGGCAUAAACAACAUCAGUGGUAUACCGUAUGUGAAUUUGGAGAUAAAUCUGCACUCAUAUAUACUAGUCCUUAUUGUUUAAAUUACAUCAGACUAGAAUCAGAUAUAAACAUCAUUUGUGAUGCAUCAAUAAGCAAAUCAAAAUUAUAUGACAACAUAACACAGUUGAACUUUUGUGUAAAACGAGUGAACCGAGAAUUGCAUUAUUAUCUAUCAAAUAUCAAAUUACUCAGAUUAAAAUUAAAAUUUGGAUAUGGCCUCGCACCUGUUGUAUUUAAUAAGCAAGCUCUAAAAUUACUUGAAAUGAGUGUUAAUUUAACAAAUAUAAAAUAUUUAGACAUCAGCCAUUUAGUACAUAUUGAAUCACUAUUAAUAUUCUUUAUUUUCGCUAGAGAAGGUCUUUCAUCGAUUGAUUCAAAUGAUUUGAUGUUUAUAUUAGAAUAUUUAUCAAAAUUAUCCUAUAUUAAAAUUAAAUGUUCGCCUAAUCUUGAUCUGUCUGUGGAAGAUUUAAAUGAGAAGCUACAAGAACUUGAUUCGAAAUUAAAAAAACAUUUCUUUACGAAUUUACUUCUCAAAAAGAGUCUUUUACGAACAACAACAUAUAUUUAG